AAACAUUCAAUGCUGAUUAUUUAUUUAUUUAUUUACAGUAUUUAUAUUACACCCUUCUCACCCCGAAGGGGACUCAGGGCUGAUCACAUUACACAUAUAAGGCAAACAUUCAAUGCCUUAACAUAGAACAAAGACAGAAGACAAACGCAGGCUCCAAGCUGGCCUCGAACUCAUGACCUCUUGGUCAGAGUGAUUUGUUGCAGCUGGCUGCAGCUGGCUGCUCAACAGCCUGUGACACAGCCUGGGCCAGGGCCUUAUACAAUUAUACAAUUAACAAGGACAGACACAUAGACAGAAGUAAAGGCAGAUUUCCCCAUCUUAUUUCUGGCAUCUUGAAGGCUGUGCUUGGGGGUGUGCUGUCACUCCCUAUGCUGUGGGGUGGUGUGCUGUCACUCCAUCUUCCAUUAUGAGGAGCUUCCUCCCUAUCAAUCUUCUUAAGGGCACCUUUAUUACCUCCCUGCUAAAAACGGUACCUAUUUAUCUACUUGCAUUUCUGCUUUCGACCUGCUAGGUGAGCAGGUGAGCUGGGGCUAACGAUGGAUGUGUACUCCAACCUGGACUCAAACUGCCAACCUUUCGAUCGGCAAGAUUUUUCAGCAGCACAGUGGUUCAGCCUACUGUCCUUGUUGGGUUAUCUAAGCAAUCAUGCAUGCAUUUUCAAUGUGGGAUGGUUUAUGUAGUUAGUUAUGUUUGUUGCUUAGUAACCUGAGCCAAGCUGCAUUCCAAAGUUGAUGACACCAUUUAGGGGGUUUUGCAUAUGAAAUGGGAAAUGGGAGUAUCCUUUCUGGGGACACACAGGAAGUGAUGUACAGAUGCCUCUUCCUGUUUCUUCCUCUUUGCUCCUGCCAUGCCAUGCCAUGCUGAUGUUCCUGUUUGUUAAGAAAUAUGUAGUAUCCUGAACUGUUUUUCUUUUGGAACUAAGAUGUUUUUUGCCUGUAUGACCAUCAUCAUACAAGAUUCCCUUUAAAGAAAAGACUGAACAUGCUGCUUGCUCAUGACAUGGAUGACAGUGCUGCUCCUACUCCAACAUCUAGGCUGCAACCACAGAGCCAUCAAGCGGAAAUGUCUAAAUCUCUGCCAAACAGUGCAGUGAGUGGACCUGAGAAAAAUACAACAGCCUCACGAUAUGAGUUCAUGCCAGAAGAAAUCAUGGCAGCCAGCCUGCUUAUGGGGGCUUUAUGGUUAUUCUCUGUCUUUGGAAACUCCCUUGUUUGCCUGGUGAUCCACAGAAGCAGAAGAACUCAAUCUACUACCAAUUAUUUUGUGGUCUCCAUGGCCUGUGCGGAUUUACUCAUUAGUAUCGGGAGCAUGCCAUUUGUGCUUCUACAGUUAGCGUCUGAUGGUUGGAUGCUUGGGAGCAUGAUGUGCAAGCUGGUAAGAUAUUUUCAGUAUCUUACACCUGGCGUCCAGAUUUAUGUUUUGCUCUCCAUCUGUGUGGACAGAUUCUAUACUAUUGUCUACCCACUGAGUUUCAAGGUGUCUCGAGAGAAAGCCAAGAAAAUGAUUGCAGCAUCUUGGAUCUUCGAUGCUGCUUUGGUGUCUCCGGCUUUCUUUUUCUUUGGGUCAAGUUGGGACAGUCAUUGCAGCUUUUUCCCACCACAUUCUUGGGAUGGUGCAAUUUACAGCAUUGUCCACUUAUUAGUGGCUUUUUUAAUUCCAUCUGUUCUCAUAAUUCUCUUUUACCAAAAGAUAAUCAAAUAUAUCUGGAGGAUAGGCACAGAUGGUAGAACAGUCCGGAGGACAAUGAACAUUGUUCCACGGACAAAGGUGAAGACCAUCAAGAUGUUCCUCAUGUUGAAUUUAUUUUUUCUGCUCUCGUGGCUACCAUUUUAUGUAGUUCAACUUUGGCAUCCACCCGAGACAGACUACAGAAAAAGCUCAUUGGUUUUCAUGUUGGUAACUUGGAUAUCCUUUAGUUCCUCUGCCUCAAAGCCUAGCUUGUACUCUGUAUAUAAUGCCAAUUUCAGGAGAGGGAUGAAGGAGACCUUCUGCAUGUCCUCCAUGAAAUGCUACCGAAGCAAUGCAUAUACCAUCACUACAAGUUCAAAGAUAGCAAAAAGAAAUUACAUUGGGAUCUCGGAAAUACCUGUGCCAGCCAAAACUGUUUCCAAAGGCACCAUAUAUGAUUCAUUUGAUAGAGAAGCAAAAGAAAAAAAAUUGGCCUGGCCCAUAAAUUCUAACCCUCCAAACACAUUUGUUUAAUUACUUGAGUCCACGGAUCACAACAAAUAUUUUCCUCAUUCAGAUCAAAGGACCUUACCCAUCUUUUUGGAUGCAUCUGAUUUAUGUGGGAUGGGAUUUCCAUAUACAAUAGCAGGAUGAAUAAAUGUUUUAUUUUAUUAUUAACUUUCUUUUAUACUGGAUUUUAAAUAUAUAUAUACUAUAAUGUGUUUAAGAACAAUUAUCCGCUUUGUAAACAUGGACAAUCAUAUCAAAUUUUGUGCUCUCUGCAUUUAAUUAUAUUUUGUAAAAACUGAUGAGCAACUACAAUUAAGCCAUUAUCUAAAUAAGAAGAGAGUAAACCCACCAAGAAUAUUGUAGCAUGCCAAUUAUUUCUGCAAAGUUGGAAAACUGAAUGUACAAAUGGUUCCUAUUUAACAGGAGCAGAUUCUUUUUUCUUGAGAACCGUCUGGUAAGACAUUCCUUUGGUCAAUGUAGUGUCGAAGGCUUUCAUGGCCGAAAUCACUGAGUUGCUGUGAGUUUUCCAGGCUGUAUGGACAUGUUCCAGAAGCAUUCUCUCCUGACGUUUGUCCAAGGAUGGCAGGCAUCCUCAGAGGUUGUGAAAUCUGUUGGAAACCAGGCAAGUGAGGUUUAUAUAUCUGUGGAAUGUCCCAGGUGGGAGAAAGAACUCUUGUCUGUUUGAGACAAGUGUGAAUGCUGCAAUUGGCCACCUUGAUUAGUAUUGAAUGGCCUUGCAGCUUCAAAGCCUGGCUGCUUCCUGCCUUGGGAAUCCUUUGUUGGAAGGUGUUAACCGGCCCUGAUUGUUUCAUGUUUGGAAUUUCCCUGUUUUCUGAGAGUGGUUCUUUAUUUACUGUCAGCCAUAGCAGAGCACUUGAUGAAUCAACCUGGAGCAUAUUAUUUGAGAACACAGAAAUGCUGGACCACUCUAACAACCACCUUGCCGGACUACACAGAGAAGCCAUUGGACAUUUUCAACAGAAAGGAGGAAAUAAUGAAAAUGAACAAAAUCUGGCUUCCAGUAUUUUUUAAAAAACUCUAUAAUCAGGACAGUAAAUAAAGAACAACACCCAGAAAACAGGGGAAUUCCAGACAGGAAACAAUCAGGACAAGCUAACACCUCCCAACAAAGGAUUCCCUCAGGCAGGAAGCAGCCAGGCUUUGAAGCUAAAAGGCCAUACAAUGCUAAUCAAGGUGGCCAAUUGCAAAAUUCACACUUGCCUCCAGCAGACAAGACUUCUUUCUCUCAUCCUGGACAUUCCACAGAAAUAUAAACCCCACUAGCCUAGUUUCCAACAGACCUCACAACCUCUGAGGAUGCUUGCCAUAGAUGUGGGUGAAACAUCAGGAGAGAAUCCAUCUGGAACAUGGUCAUAUAGCCCGUAAAACUCACAGCAACCCAUUCCUUUGGCCAUAUUGUGGUUUUGGGGGGAUAUGUUGGAAAUGCCUUUCAAAAUAUCAGUGAUGUGUAGACACAUGCAUUACAGCAGUUUGGAUUUUAGACCCUUUCCUGAUAUACCAUGUUCGAGUUAAAGGAAGAUUGGGUGCAUCUUGAGUAUAGUGGGGAAGCAUGUGAAUGUGCGUACAUGACUGUGAAAUGUCAGAAAGAAAUGCUUUGUUUUCCUCCCUACUAUAGCCACCUGUGUUAAUAAUAAAUGUUGCUGACUACA